AAGUAUCUUUACAUUUUCAGCAUAUUUUGUCCACAAAGUGGACAACUCCUUUCUUUAUGCCAUAAAGCAGCCCCCUUGCACAACUACUUGGAGGAAUGUCAGUCUCCGAGGCCUGCUGUGACCUUUUCUCCUGGGCUGCAGCAUCCUCAUCUGCUGUGUGUGUGAGCACACAUGUGCGGGCACAGCAGGAGGGCUAUUCAGAUAUGUUCUGGCUUCUACUCUAAGGAUAAACCUUUUUGUUUACUUGUUCUCUCUUCCCUUUAAUACUGACUUUGUCUUCUUUCCCUAGCUUUUGACUCUACUGCACAGAAAUUAGCUACAAUUUGAACUGAGCACUAACACAGUUAAAAAUCAAGAUCUUCCAGGAGGACAGAGAUUAAGAGUAACAUCAUGGCCUCCCUGGGUUUGCAGUUCCUUGCUUUCAUCCUGGCCAUAUGUGGGGUCUCUGGAGUGCUCACGGCCACUCUGCUGCCUAACUGGAAAGUGAAUGUGCAUGUGGGCUCCAACGUCUUGACAGUCAUUAUACAACUUCAUGGGUUGUGGAUGGACUGCACGUGGUACAGCACUGGGAUGUUCAGCUGCAUGCUGAAAAACUCAAUCCUAUCCCUCCCCAUCCAUGUGCAGGCUGCCAGGGCCACCAUGGUACUGGCGUGUGUUCUGUCUGUCUUGGGGAUCUGCAUUUCCAUAGUAGGAAUGAAAUGCACUCACUUAGGAGGGGAUCAAGAAACCAAGAGUCAGGCUUCCUUUGCUGGAGGAGUCUGCUUCAUGUCCUCAGGGAUCUCUGGCUUAAUACCCACAGUGUGGUACACAAAGGAGAUCGUCGUGACAUUUCUGGAUCCGACAGCUUCAGAAAGCAACAAAUAUGAGCCUGGAGGAGCUGUUUAUAUAGGAUUCAUUUCAGCAAUGCUGCUGUUUAUCUCUGGCAUUCUUUUCUACAUUUCCUACACCAAAAAGAAUCCAGAAGCUGGGCUGUCCCUUCCCAAGCAGGAGCAGCCCUCUACUGCUCAGUUAAAAAACAGUUCUGCAUACAACCUGAAGGAUUAUGUGUAAAUAGGUACAUAAUGCACAUGCAAUGAAGCUUCUGGCCAACUGCUGGGACUUUAUUUUAGAUACAAGUAUCAGACUCAUGCUUGACUUCCUCCACCAAGAGUGCAAAAUACUUUAAAAACUACUAAGUAGUUUAAAAUAG